CAGUCCGGCCUUUUCCCGUCCGGAGCGCGCGCGGCCAGACCGGCCCCGGCGCGAGCCUGCAGCGCCCCCGUUCGGCUCAGGCUGGUUCUGCCGCCGCCCGCGCCGCCGUGCGCGCCGCCCGCGCUGCUGCGGCGGCGAAGCUGGCGGUCGGGGAGCCAAUUAGCGCUCGGCGAGGCUGCAGCUACUUCCUCGUUCGCCUGGCCGCGCGCUCCGGACGGCUCCGUCGGCGGCAGGGCAGGGCGGGGCGGGGCGCUGCGCGGAGCCGCCGUGCUUGCCUCUGCUUGUCCGGCUGCCAAGGGUGGACGCAGGUCCUCGAAGGCGCACCGCUGCAAACCAGACGAAAAGGAACUCUGAGGCGCCCGGAGUGCCGGCCGGAGGAGCGUUCGGGUGGCUUUCGGUGCGUGGUCUUGAGAAUCCGCCGCUCCAGGAAGAGAGAUGUCGAAGCCGCCACCCAAACCGGUCAAACCAGGGCAAGUUAAAGUGUUCAGAGCUCUUUAUACGUUUGAACCCAGAACUCCAGAUGAAUUGUACUUUGAAGAAGGUGAUAUUAUCUACAUUACUGACAUGAGUGAUACCAAUUGGUGGAAAGGCACCUCCAAAGGCAGGACUGGACUGAUCCCAAGCAACUAUGUGGCCGAGCAGGCAGAAUCCAUUGACAAUCCAUUGCAUGAAGCUGCAAAAAGAGGCAACUUGAGCUGGUUGAGAGAGUGUUUGGACAACCGAGUUGGUGUUAAUGGCUUGGACAAAGCUGGAAGCACUGCCCUAUACUGGGCUUGUCACGGGGGCCACAAAGAUAUAGUGGAAAUGCUCUUUACUCAGCCAAACGUUGAACUGAACCAACAGAACAAGUUGGGAGACACAGCUUUGCAUGCUGCUGCCUGGAAGGGUUAUGCAGAUAUUGUCCAGUUGCUUCUGGCAAAGGGUGCUAGAACAGACUUAAGAAACAAUGAGAAGAAGCUGGCCCUGGACAUGGCUACUAAUGCUGCCUGUGCGUCUCUCCUGAAAAAGAAACAGGGAACAGAUGCAGUCCGAACAUUAAGCAGUGCUGAGGACUAUCUUGAUGAUGAAGACUCAGAUUAAUUCCCUUCUGGAGCUUUGAGAUCUAAAACUUCUGUAGCUUUUGCCAUUUCAAAACCUUGUCUUUGCCAGAAGUGUUGGUAACUGUAAAAAAAAAAAAAAAGUCUAUAUGAACGUGGCAGUAUUGCACUGUGUUUGAGUAAAACGUGUAAAUGAAUACUUCUCACCUUCAGUUUGCCAAUAAGUGACUGGAUGUUUUGCUGUAUAAAGUACAUUUUUGUUCACCAGAGUAGAACAAGAAGAGAUUAUUUCUAUUUAUCAAGCUUAAAGAAAUUUUAAGAAUUUUUUUCUUUAAAAAAAUAAGGAUUUUUUUUAGAAGUUCUUUACCUCAAGGAUUGAGAUAUUUUAAAUGGAUUUUUCAAGGGGGGAAAUGCUUAUUAUAAUAAUAAACCAAAAGACAACAGAAAAUUGUCAGCUAUUCUGACAAAAAUAAACAUUUUAAGAGACUUUAUUUCUUUUGUCUGUUUUGUGGUAUCACUCUUUGCUGGUAAAUAAAUAAAGCUUUUUAUAUUUA